ACCCCGCCUUCCGCCCGAUUGUAGCUGAGAUAGGCGCCAGCGCCCCCCGUGACCCCGAAAGGGAAUAAGCGGUAGAAAAUGGAUGGAUGGAUGGGUUGACUAAUUAUGAGCUAAUUGCAAGUAGUUUAUGAUGGAUGUUGGAUAUAUUUGAAGUCAUGCAGGGUUAAAGAUGUCUGAAAUAAUAAAAUGGUCGAGCUUUGUUAGACUUGACCAGCGCGCAAGAGGGGUCUUUUCGUGUCUCGUCCACGAAGGACUAUAGAUGCUCCACUUAACUCCACCGUGACACCCACUGGAAUCUCGAUCUGUUUGGACUUGAAACAAUAACAUGGUGAACUACGGUGGAUGAUCAGCCUCCCUCCGCCUCUCCGGGCUUCCUUUUCCUCCCGGGAUCUGUGCGCACUCGUCGUGCGUCAGAGCGCCAGUCAUGCGUAACAGGGACUGGGGGGACCAGAUUUGCUCCUUUUUGAUUAGAACCUCGCUUCUUAAGGGCCACUUGUAGCGGAAGCACCACGACAAAGGACGUUUAGUCAUAUUCGCAUCAAGUGAGCAGCUCUCCUCACACAUGACGUCUCCUCACCAGAGAUCCAGCCCGGUGUCCGGCGUUCUGCUGAACUCCCCGGCCGCCGCAGACAGCUCGUCCGCCGCCGCCGCCGCCGCGAAAGGAAAAAAGCCAAACUCCGGGUUACGGCGGCCGGAAAAGCCUCCUUACUCCUACAUUGCUCUGAUAGUGAUGGCGAUACAAAGCUCCCCCACUAAACGACUGACACUAAGCGAAAUAUAUCAGUUCCUCCAGGCCCGUUUCCCGUUCUUUAGAGGCUCGUAUCAAGGCUGGAAAAAUUCCGUCCGCCACAACCUCUCCCUCAACGAGUGUUUCAUCAAGCUCCCCAAAGGACUCGGCCGACCCGGGAAAGGCCACUACUGGACCAUCGACCCCGGGAGCGAGUUCAUGUUCGAAGAGGGCUCCUUCCGGCGCAGACCGAGAGGCUUCAGAAGAAAAUGUCAAGCCUUAAAGCCCAUGUACCGAAUGAUCAACGGCGUCGGAUUCGGCGCCUCGAUCCUGCCGCCGAGUUUUGACUUCCAGUCUCCGUCCUGCCACGGCAACGGCUACAACUUGGACGUGAUGGCGGGAGGCUACGACGGUCAUCACGUCCCCCACAUGUCUCCCAGCCCGGGGUCCACGUACAUGGCGAGGGAGUACGAACCGGACAGCAGCAGCAGUCCCGUACCGUCGUCCCCGGCCAUCGGCAGCGCUCUGGACGGCCACUCCCCGUACGCGAGUGCGCCCGCUCAUUGGACCACCUCCGGCGGGUCUCCCUACGUCAAACAGCAGCCUUUAACCUCCAGCAGCCCCGCGUCAUCUUCUCUGUACUCCGGCAUGUCACCUUACUCCCUGGAGCAGACCUACUUCACCCAGAACCCCAGGGAGAGCCACGCGAACGACAUAUCAGUGGGGAUUCCACGCUACCAGAGCCACUGCGACAGGAAAGAUUUUGUGUUCAACAUCAAUGGGGUGUCGUCCUUCCACCCCACGACUGGCGGCUCCUAUUAUCACCAUCACCACCAUCAUCAACCUCAGAGCGUGUGUCAGGACAUCAAGCUGUGUGUCAUGUGAGCGCUCUUUUCGAAGCGAACAAAAGACACGCCGCAGUCAAACUGCACGUCAGCUGUAACAAAGGAUUAUUUUGGGCUGGGGUUUGUAGCAGAAUGAGUUGCACAAUGACUACUUUCACAUGUUGCCUCUUCGUGGACGUGACCAAAUGUGCAUUGAAGGAACAUGAAUGAAGAAAAACCAUUGUGGCCUUAAGUAUACACAAAGUCCAGAUUUACAACAAGUGUUUUUUCUUAAAAAGAAGCACCGAAAACACAUGUUUUUGUUUGUUUGUUUGUUUUGCUACUAUUACAGGCCUGGGCAAUUAUUUUGACUCGGGGGCCAAUUUUUGAGAAAAAAAAUGUUUAUAUCUGAUUUUUAGGAACACUAAUACAAAACCUAACAAAAAUGUAUGAUUGAAUGCUAAAGUGUUAUGACAGACUGCCUUAAAUAACGGAAUGGAUUUUUUUAAAAAAAUUUUUUCACUGAAUGAAACACCCAGAAUGUACAUGUAAAUAAACAAUGUGGGGUUUACAAUAUUACCUAUGAACGAUAAAACACUGAAUAUUGACAACAUAUAAGCGUCACACCCCCUCUUCAUCGGCAUAUUUUCCCAUCAAGCGAAACGCAACAAAAAUGCAACAAACACAGUGAAAUAUGAAAAAAAAUCACCUACAAUCUGAUCACUAAGCUUUAGAACUUUGUUGUAAAAAUCCCCUUGUUCCUGACACGCGGAUUUCAGGCUGGCCGUUCUGAAAACCCACACUGCUUGGUGCCUGGUCUGACUUAGAUUACCAUAGUAACUAGCAUAUUAUGCAAAAGCACAGAUUCCAACCAUUGAAAUACUUUGUAUAGUUCAAGACAUCACUGCACAUUAUAAUGGCAGCUACAGUUUCCAUCUUAAAGAUCUGAAAAAAGCUAUUUGGGAAUUUCAGUUUUAAAAGAUUAACGGGACACGUGCGGCCUCCGGGCCUUAAUUUGCCCAGGUCUGUACAAAUAAAUGAAGCAAAUGCGUCCUCAGCAAUAUCUCUGUGGCUUGUUUUAUAUUAAUUUAUUCAUAACAGUAAAAUUUUAAUAUUUUGAGAUCAUGAUAAACCAGGAGUCUAAGUCUUGUUCACGAGUGAGGGAAGAGGGGACUGUGAGAUCAACAGGCAGAUCGGUGCGGCAUCUUCAAUAACGCGGACGCUGUAUCGAUCCGUUGUGGUGAAGAAGGAGCUGAGCCGGAAGGCAAAGCUCUCAAUUUACCGGUCGAUCUACUUUCCCAUCCUCACCUAUGGUCAUGAGCUUUGGGUUAUGACUGAGAGGAAAAGAUCACGGGUACAAGCAGCCAUGAUCUUCAAUAACGCGGACGCUGUAUCGAUCCGUUGUGGUGAAGAAGGAGCUGAACCGGAAGGCAAAGCUCUCAAUUUACCGGUCGAUCUACUUUCCCAUUCUCACCUAGGGUCAUGAGCUUUGGGUUAUGACUGAGAGGACAAGAUCACGGGUACAAGCAGCCGUGAUCUUCAAUAACGCGGACGCUGUAUCGAUCCGUUGUGGUGAAGAAGGAGCUGAGCCGGAAGGCAAAGCUCUCAAUUUACUGGUCGAUCUACUUUCCCAUCCUCACCUAUGGUCAUGAGCUUUGGGUUAUGACUGAGAGGACAAGAUCACGGGUACAAGCAGCCGUGAUCUUCAAUAACGCGGACGCUGUAUCGAUCCAUUGUGGUGAAGAAGGAGCUGAGCCGGAAGGCAAAGCUCUCAAUUUACCGGUCGAUCUACUUUCCCAUCCUCACCUAUGGUCAUGAGCUUUGGGUUAUGACCGAGAGGACAAGAUCACGGGUACAAGCGACCGAAAUGAGUUUCCUCCACCGGGUGGCGGGGCUCUCCCUUAAAGAUAGGGUGAGAAGCUCUGCCAUCCGGGAGGAGCUCAAAGUAAAGCCGCUGCUCCUUCACAUCGAGAGGAGCCAGAUGAGGAGGUUUGGGCAUCUGGUCAGGAUGCCACUUGAACGCCUUCCUAGGGAGGUGCUUAGGGCACGUCCGACCGGUAGGAGGCCACAGGGAAGACCCAGGACAUGUUGGGAAGACUAUGUCUCCCGGCUGGCCUGGGAACGCCUCGGGAUCCCCCGGGAAGAGCUGGACGAAGUGGCUGGGGAGAAUAAAGUCUGGGCUUCCUUACUUAGGCUGCUGCCCCCGCGAACCAACCUCGGAUAGUUUAAAAUGACAUUCAAUGACAAAAUACAAGCUGUCAAAAAUGUACUGUUUUGGAGAAGCCAUAUUCUGGGAUAGUCACAUGGCUCUCAGGUGACAAGUUAACUACACUUUCCAAUGUUUUGAACUUAAUAAGUAGAAUAAAACACCAAGCUUAUAUUGUGCAGAUUUCAGGACAUUUAAAAUGUUGGGGUUCUUAUGGAUGUUAAAAGUUUUCUCUUUGGACAAAGUACAUGUUAUCUAUGUUUUAUGAUAAUUAUUACCCACAGCAAACAUUGCACUUAUUCUAUAGCCGUGCCUCCUGUAAAAUGUUCUAAUAAAAAUGUUACUACAUUGUU